GGAUAUUCAUGAGUGAGGCGAGUAGUUUGCUUUUCUGGUAUCUAUUCACUUCGAUUUCUUGAAUUACAGAAAAAACGAAAUGUUGACAAAAUAACUCGUUCGAUAGCUUAACAAAGAAUAAUUAUGAUGAAGCGAAUGACUAAGAUGUCGACGCGAGUAUAACAAGAGAAGCACUUCUUAUCUUCAGACAAACACCACAAGAACAACAAGAUGGGCGCCCCGUCCACUGUGCGUGUCGGGAGUAUAACCUCUCUUGUGUGCCAAGGCUGCCGCGCUCGGGUCGAUACGAGGGAAGCCAUGACGAAAUUCUACGAGAAGCAUGCUCCAAGACUAGUGGAAAGACUGGGCGUCAGACGAUCCUUAGAGAAUUGGAACUGGGGUACGAGGAAACAAGUGGGAAUAUACUCAACUGCGCAUACGCAUCCACCAAACGCGCAUGUUACGAGGUUACUGAAUAAUGGUGGUGUCAAAUGCUGGAAAUGUGGAUGUGAAGGAUGUUGGGCGUCUGUGUAGUUUGUGAUGAUGUUUCAACGGGGUGACAUCUUUCGAAUGGCCUUGUUUUGUACUCUUAGAGUGCGUGAAAAGC